GUAUUGGUCAAGGGCCUGGAUUACACAAGAAGUUAUCUUUGCUCGAAGUGCUUCGAUUAUGACCGACAAAAUCCGCGCCAGAAGCGACCAACUCAAACCAUUAUUUUUCCUCAGAUCGAUUCUUCCACUCGACUUUUGAACGUUGAACCUGGCGAAGAUGUCAACCAGUUGACAAUAAGAUCCUUCAAGUAUCUUGAGAGCAUCAUCUGGCCUAUGGCUCGAACCAAACGACGCAAAAUGAUCAAUCUCUUCAACGGGUACCCUGGAAGAGACAGCCAGCUUGUCCGAGAUCGCCUGUAUUCCCUGACAUCCCUAUCUUCAGACGCGGAAUCUAUCCCAGUGGACUAUGCAAUAUCGGAUCACACAUUUUUCGCAAAGGUAGUAGUGGCACUGCACGAUACCAUGAGUUGCAUGUGCUCGGUGGCUCUCGCCGCCAAUACACUCCACUACGCAGCUACAGGAGGCAUUGUCAAGGCAGGUGAGGAAGAGCAUCUAUUCAAACUUACGGCAUAUCAUUCAGGCAGCGAUGAUGUCUGGAUGUUGCCCGAGACGCGACGCAUCUGUUCGAUCUACAGAGAGAGCAUAUCGGCGGAAAGCUACCCCACGUUCUGUCUUAAGAAUAUCUGCGCCAAGAUGAUAGGCCACCUUGUACUAGAGACUGGAAUAACACCAGGGAGGCCAGAGAAUAUGAAAUCUCUUCGACUCGAAAUUAGAGGCCGCCGUCACAAUGUUGAAAUCAGUAGCACGGUGCCAUGGCUGCGACGCGAUAUCCGUAAGUUUGACAUUUGGUUUGGUGUUAGUGAGCUUCUCUACCUCGUCCGCACGGCAUCCGUUGGCACCACACAUGCAGGCGAAAAUCUCUGUUCUCAAGGGCUACAAGGAAAAGGCUAUUUGGGCUUGUGUAACGAGCGCAGGCAACUCAGCGUGUCUGCUUUUGGAGUCAGAGAGCAGAAUACUGACUUCAUCUCAAUCACAACAGCUGCAGGUGAAUCGACAGAAACGUUAAGAGUAUUUGCAUAGACUUGUGUAGACUGUUUUAGUAAAGCGCUCGAAGUUCCUCCAUGUUCCAAAACCGGUGCCGAGGAGCGAGCCACGCAAUGCAUAGCACGUCCUCCUUGACGUGUCUACUACCACUGCUGCUUCUACUACUGAUCAUAACAACAACAACAACUAUCAUUUAUCACAUUAGAUAGAGCAAGAUGUGGUAGCCAAGAUAUCAAAUCUUUACCGUCU